AUGGCCCCGUUUACCGUUAUCAUAAUCGGUGGCAGCGUAGCGGGGUUGACCCUCGCGAAUGUUUUCGAGAGGUAUGGCAUUGAAUACAUUCUCCUUGAGAAAUACAAGGUUAUUGCACCUCAGCUUGGAGCUAGUAUUGGAAUUCUACCCUAUGGUCUACAGGUCUUGGAUCAACUCGGCAUCGCGGAACAGGUCUCAUCCGUGUGCGAACUAGUUGAGACGAUGCAGACAUUUGGGCCUGAUGGGGAGCGCCUCAAAAAUAUGGAUGCGUUCGGUCAGCUCCUGGCAGAUUUGACGGGAUACAAAUUCAGUUUCUUGGACCGCCAAGACCUUGUCCAAGCACUUUACAACAAUCUUCAAGAUAAAUCUAAAGUCCAUGUGUCAAAGGAGAUUUUUAAGAUUGAUGAGCUCGAUGGAGAGGUGCAAAUCACUACCAAAGACGGUGCAACAUUCAAAGGAGAUCUCCUUGUUGGCGCCGACGGCGUUCACAGCCGGACCAGAGCGGAGAUGUGGAGGAUUGCGGAGUCGGAAGAUCCUCAAUAUGGAAGCAAACGAAUGGCGGAAUCAAUUAGCUGUACAUACAAAUGUAUGUUCGGCAUCGCCGAUUACCAGGAAGGCAUACCAGAUGAGACCGGGUCCAAAUCUUACCACAAGAACCGCUCUUACUUGUGCCAAUCUGGCCGCGAAGGCAAAUUCUACUUCUUUGUCUUCAUAAAAAACAAACAAAAAACAGUUGACCAAUCCAUCCCCCGAUACACGGCUGAAGAUGAGCAAGCUGUGGUGGAUGAAUAUGGAGAAGAUAUUAUUCGUCCUGGAGUCACCUUCGGCGAUGUAUACAAGCGGCGUCGACAUGCGGUUCUUGUUCCACUGCAUGAAUAUGUGUUGGACAAAUGCUUUUAUAAAAACGCAAUAUUGAUUGGUGACUCCUUUCACAAAUUCAACCCGCUUACCGGACACGGUGGAAACUCCGCUAUCGAGGACGCAGCUUUUCUCGGUGACUUGUUAAAGGAAGUGUUGCAAAAAGAGCCUUCUCCCACAAGUUCCACGUUGCAGGUGGCAUUUGCCGACUUCCAGCAACAACGGCGACCCAGAACCAAAAAUUUCCUAGACGGAGCCAGUUCGUUGCAAGCGCUAGAAGCCCUCGAGAAUCCCUGGUUGGAGUUCAUAACCCUCAAAGUUAUGGGGAAAAUGUCGAUAGAUAAGAUGGCUCCAAUUUUCGCUGACUGUCAUUCGCCUGGCCAUAUCUUAAGAUAUCUGCCAGAGCCAUCCCGUAGAGGUGUCAUCGCCCGCGAGGCGGAUAUAGUCACGACACCAGGCCAACGGGCACUGCCUGCAACGAUUCUUUGGGCUACUCUCAUUGCUGCCGCUGCCAGUUUGAGUCUGUUUGCGGUGGGACACACCAGUCUUGGAAGUCAGAAUGUGGUCCUCGGCAAUAUACUACAGCUUUACACUUUUAUGAUCAGAGCCGUCGUGACUGUGUUGUGGACAGUGGAGUCAUACCGACCUGGCUUAUUUUCCGGGCCAUUACACAGUGCCAUCCCCUAUCUACUUGUCUGCAUUGGGGUAGGAUGGGAAUUUGCGGUGCCAAUCUACUUUCUCGUGUACAUCUGGACAAGUCGGUCUCGAUCUUUCUACUACCCUGCACCCAGAGCUAUCGACAUCAGGGCUGCCGAAAGCCUUCCCGCAGGCGUCUUGAUCGCUUACAUCCCGUCUAUCCUCUGGGCUUUGGUUACAUAUCAUGGAGCUUGGGCUGCAACGACCUGGACAUUCGCCGCAAGCCAUCUUGCGUUUCCUGCGGUGUUAUAUCUGGGAUUGAGGCUUUCAAGGCACGACCCGCCUAAAUCCAACAUCCCAGAGUCAUUAUAUGGUAAACGUGACUUGCCUCACCUGAUCAAAACAUACAACAUACUUAUCUUCAUCACGGCAACACUUCACAUACUCAUCGUGAGUCAAUUCGGUGCACGAAAUUUGUCAACCGGUUCUGUUGCAACGGUGGCUUUCUCAUACGAGGGCGUGCAGUUGAUGGUACUCUCCCUUGUCAUCAUGGCCUGGUGUUUCUUUACUACUUGGGAUUUGCGCCGCGUACGCAUUGUCCAAACUCACUGGCUUUCUGAUAUGUCCUGUUAUUUUAUGGCGGGUUUGUUCCUCGGACCCGCUGCAACCCUGAUCAGUAUGUGGAAGUUGCGCGAGGUUGCAAUGGAAAACUCAAGAAAGAGGUGA